AUGGGUUGUGGGGAAUCAAAGCACGCAGUUGCAACGGCGAAUGCCACCAUUCCUAAGAACAAGAGAUCACUGAGUUCUAAAUCUGAAUCCAGAAAGGGUGAAAAUAUCGUAAAAACCGAAAAUGGGGAAAAAAUGGAGGAGGAGAAGGAGUUGAUUGCACCGAAAAUGGUGGCUGUGGAAAAAGAGAAAGAAGAGGAAGUUGUAGAGCCCAAGAAUGAAACGAUCCCUGUUGCUGUCGUAGAGACGAAGAAGAAUGAAAAUGAUGAAGCAACAACCCCUGUUUCUGUGGUAGAGAAGGAGAAUACAACUCCGGUUGCUGUUGUAGAGAAGAAGAACGAAAAUGAGGAAAUGGCCCCUGUUUCUGUUGUAGAGAAGAAAAAUGCAAUCGAUGAAACAAUUCCGGUUCCUGCCGUAGAGAAGAAGAAUGAAAAUGAGGAAACAGCAUCCCCUGUUUCUGUUGUUGCUGUUGUGGAGAAGAAAGAAUCUGUUGAAGAAAUUAAAGCAGAAGAGAAAACUGAGAUCAUCAAGCCAAUUGAAGAAGUAAAAGAGAAAGCGGAAGAGAAGGAAGAAGUUAUCGCUGUUUCUGAGGCCACAGAUGCUGCUAAACCAGAAACUGUCAAGGAUGAUGAUAAACCAGAGACAGAGGAAAAGCCAAAAGAGGAAAAUGCAACUGAAACAUCAGCAACAACAGAUUCAAAAACAGAUUGA